UAAUAAGCCGCAGGGAUUCAUCGAAGAAGAGGAGGCGACCAUGUUGAUUUAAAGGAAGAAGAAACACAAUAGAGACGAAUUAUUUCAAAAUAUUUUCAGCUAAUUUAGAAGAAAAUUGUUAAUUCACUGCACUCAGAGCACCGCUCUUACGGUAACGCAGCUUUUCAGGUGGGACGUUUGAGUCGUCGGUCUGGAUCUUUUGGAGGCGGGGAGUUUGUGGCGCUGCACGCUUCGGGCCGACCGGAUCAUCCUUGGUGUCGACGGAGAGGAGGAGGAAUAAUCCCGGAGCAAAACGGAAACGCACUGAGGACUCUACAAGGGCGGAAAGCUUCUCUGCUUUGGACUAAAAUCCUUGUUGGAUCUUUAUUUUUUUUCCACACAUGAAACAGAACCUCUCCCAGUGGAGAUAAAUGAAAUACUGGCUUUCUGGAGACGACUGUGUACAAAGUUGGACUUCCUGUUCUCUGGAUCAGGGACAUGCAGCAGCUCUCUUGGACUGGCAGUAAAAAGCAGAGAUAUUAUUGACGAUAGAAACUCAUUUUGGUGCAGAUUGCCCUAGUUCUGUUUCAGGACUGGAACCACUUCGAUGCUUGUUCACGUAUAAUUUUUCUAUAUCGUGGACGAGUCUAUUUCUGCACAUGGUUGCAGAUUUCUCUUCAUUUGGAAGAGUUUUUGUGUAAAAACUUGUUUUGGUUUUGUCAGCUGUGAUGAGCUGCAGCUUCAUGUUUAUAUGUAAAUAUUACUGAGCCAUUUCUCUGCAAAGCGCUUCGGACACACAGAGAAUAUUGUUGAACGCUUUAAACUCUAGGAUUUUUUACUGACGACAGAAUUUAAGAGACAAAAAUCUAAAAAGACAAAGAGAAGUUCAGAAAAAAUGGCAGCAGCCCGAACGGAAAACCUUGGUCCGGUCGUGAUGGGACUGAAUAAGCAGAACGGGCAGCUCAAAGGACAGACCAAACCUGCUGCAGGACCCCCAGCAUCAACUCAAGGAAAGAAUCCAGCCGGGAGCAACCAGGACGGCGGAGGAAUCAAGUUUGGAGACGACUGGAAGAAAUGCCUACAGCUCCCCCCGAAGGACAACAGGGUCAAAACCUCAGACGUCACGGCAACCAAGGGGAACGAGUUUGAAGAUUACUGCCUGAAAAGGGAACUCCUGAUGGGAAUCUUUGAGAUGGGCUGGGAGAAACCGUCGCCGAUCCAGGAGGAGAGCAUUCCCAUCGCGCUGUCCGGGCGCGACAUCCUGGCACGAGCGAAGAACGGGACAGGGAAAAGCGGCGCCUACCUGAUCCCGCUGCUGGAGCGGAUAGACCUGAAGAAGGACCACAUACAGGCCGUCGUCAUGGUACCCACACGGGAGCUGGCGCUGCAGAUGAGCCAGAUCUGCAUCCAGCUCAGCAAACAUCUGGGCGGAGUCAAAGUGAUGGCGACGACCGGCGGAACCAACCUGAGGGACGACAUCAUGCGCCUGGACGAGACCGUGCAUGUCGUCAUCGCCACGCCCGGCCGCAUCCUGGACUUGAUAAAGAAAGGUGUGGCGAAGGUGGACCGGGUCCAGAUGAUGGUGAUGGACGAGGCGGACAAGUUGCUCUCUCAGGACUUUGUGGUUCUCAUCGAGGACAUCAUCAGCUUCCUGGCCAAGAACCGGCAGAUCCUGCUCUACUCCGCUACCUUCCCCAUCAGCGUCCAGAAGUUCAUGGUGAAGCACCUCCAGAAACCCUAUGAGAUCAACCUGAUGGAGGAGCUGACGCUGAAGGGCAUCACCCAGUUCUACGCCUACGUGACGGAGCGCCAGAAGGUCCACUGCCUCAACACGCUGUUCUCCAGGCUGCAGAUCAACCAGUCCAUCAUCUUCUGUAACUCCACCCAGCGGGUGGAGCUGCUGGCCAAGAAGAUCACGCAGCUGGGAUACUCCUGCUUCUACAUCCACGCCAAGAUGAUGCAGGAGUACAGGAACCGCGUGUUCCACGACUUCAGGAACGGACUCUGCAGGAACCUGGUCUGCACCGAUCUGUUCACCAGAGGAAUCGACAUCCAGGCUGUGAACGUCGUCAUCAACUUUGAUUUCCCUAAAAAUGCAGAAACGUACCUCCAUCGUAUCGGGAGGUCAGGGCGGUUCGGCCACCUGGGUCUGGCCAUCAACCUGAUCACCUCGGAGGAUCGUUUCAACCUGAAGGCCAUCGAGGAGCAGCUGGUGACCGACAUCAAGCCCAUCCCCAGCAGCAUCGACAAGAGCCUCUACGUGGCCGAGUACCACUCCGGGCCCGUUACCGACGGCGACGAGGACGAUGCGGAGGAGAAGCCGCCGCGCCAGCAGGACAGCACCUAAAACAGAGCAUCGUGACACUCCGGGCUUCGCCAGACAUCUUUGCUCCGCGCUACUCUUCAUCAUCUUCCUCUUCAUCCCUCGCUUCCAGAACCUUCCGGCUGGUUCCUCACAGUCCUGCUUGCUGUUCUGCACCGGGUCCAAACUGGACUCUGAACCGAGUCGUGCACGCCCGCCGCCCCUCACCCGCCCCCUGACGCCGCCGUUCUCACUUAAGUGCCUUACUUCCUCCCUGGCGCCCCCCCAAACCCCCGCCCCCCCGUCCUGCUGCAGCAGCAGAGCACAAGCAGCAAACCCGUCGCCGCGCCCGUUAUGCAACGAACCCACCACCCGCCACCCUGUCCUGCCCGGACGCCGCUCUCUGAGGCGUCGCAAUAAAAAAUGGCAGCUUUCUUUAAACGCAGCGCGACUUCCCCCCCAAUUAGAAGAAGGAGCAGAAACUUCCUGCGUGGAUCUGAGGGCGUGCACGGGGAAAAACAGGAGUAGUUCCUGUUUUUACUGUGAACCGCUGCAACAGAACCUGCGGUCCGCUCUCAGUCGACCCGGAAGUCGUUCCGAUCGGGUCCGGCGCCGGUGCAGAACAGCAGCUGAAACUUCCCGUUCCGUUUUAUUCCUUCUGGUUUUCUGUGGAGGCGCGUUGGAAGCCCGGACGCGUCACGCCUAGUUGAAUGUAUUAGAUGCCAAUGUUUGUUCUGCAUCCCGGACCGGACUCCUCCAGUCCGGUUCUGAGCCCAGGCCCGGAUAACGCCGCAGUUUGUUACAGUGAAUCUGCUGAACGUUUGGUUCUGGUUGGAUCUCCCUGUAAAUCUGAAGCCAAACUUGUGAGUUUUUCUAGUUUUCCACCAGAACCAAACUGCGGCGUUAUCCGUGAACUGGACUCGGCUUUGAGCCCAGAAUCUUCUGAACAUUUCUGUUUUCUUUUGUUUUUGUUUUAUUUUGCUGCUGAGUGAAACUGGUUCAGGUUUUCUUUUCCUGACGGACCAGGGAGCAAUGAAACCAGCUCCGGCUCUACCGGACCACGCUAGACGGGUUCCCCCCUCCUGCAGCAGCAAUAACUUUUCCUUUUCCUGCUCGGAUCCGGUUUCUUUGUUUCGGAACAAUGUGAGGUUUAGUUUGGACUCGGCAGGAUUGUAGCAUCUCUGAACAGGCAGCUGGGGUUUCUUUCUGUCCUCCCCUUACAGAGCAUCACUAAUGAUUUAAAAAACAUAAAAAAAUAUUUUUUUGCUUUUAAGAUAAUUUUUUUCGUUGCUUUCGCUGGUUCUGAAUGGAGCCAAAUGUUUUCCAGAAACCGAGUGUUUAAUCGGAAGCUCGCCGCGCAUCUUAAGGCUCCUCUGGUACUUAAAUCAGGACACAAAUCGUUGAUCUGGAAUAAUUUUUACACCAAACGUUUUUGUUUUAAGUGCCGGACUGAGCGCGGAGUCGGACCAGAGCGGUUCUGGAACGAUCUGACGGUUUUCCGUGUUCUGACUGAGGUGUUAAAAUCAAACAGGGAAACCGUGAACUUUGUUUCCGAUUAAAACCAGAAAAUGUUUGGCUUCAUCGGAGGAAGAGGAGAAGAUUUUAGUUCUUUUGUUUUCUUGAAGCUGAUUUUCAGGAUUGAAGCAAAACCAAAGUGUGUCUGUCUGUCUGUGUGUGUGUGUGUGUCUGUGUGUGUGUGUGUGUGUGUGUGUGUGUCUGUCUGUGUGUGUGUGUGUGUGUGUGUGUGUGUGUGUGUCUGUCUGCGUGUGUGUGUGUGUGUGUGUCUGUCUGCGUGUGUGUGUGUGUGUUGGUGUGUGUGUGUGUGUGUCUGUCUGCGUGUGUGUGUGUGUGUGUGUGUCUGUCUGCGUGUGUGUGUGUGUGUCUGUCUGCGUGUGUGUGUGUGUGUGUGUGUGUGUGUGUGUGUGUGUGUGUCGGAUGGGAAUUACCACAUGCAGUUUCCACUAAGCCGGGAACAACGAUAUCGGAACGACAAUAAAAACGUGAAGCUGCAUGUCGGUGAUUCUGUUUGUGUUUUAUCUGAUCAAACGUCGGAUUUGUCGUCAGGGAUGUGAUCUUUGUCCAGUUUUCCAAUCUGCCACCUCCUCCAGAGAAACUGUUAUCUUCCUUUUUUGUUUAUUUUUUUAUUUUAUUUUUCUGAUCACAUCCCUGCCAAUCAUUCAAUCAUCAAUAUCUCCUCUGGGAUCCAAACUCUCUGCUUUAUUCCAAUUCAACAUAAUUUCCAGAAGCUAAGCUAAAUAUUCCUGCUCAAAGGGAAUUCUGGACCAUGAAACGAUCUUUUUCCAUCCCUGGAGCUUUAUGAAGAUCCGAUUGUUUUCGUGGGAUUGGGACCCAGAGGAGUUCGUGAUGAACGUUUCGUCUGUCGACUUGUUUUGUGUUGGGGGGGUUUGGGGGCGGUGGGGGUCUGGAAUAAAACUAGAACUGGAACUGGAUCCGGGUUCAUGCGAAUUCCUAAAGGAGGAAAAUGAACCAAACUAAAACUUUUGACUGCAUGAUGUGAAUUUCUCUAAAGCAAAGUUAAAUUGGAUUUCCAGACUUGCUGCACUGAUUUAAACUCACCUGCAGCUGGAGGCUUCAUGAUUGGAAAACUUUAAUUCGGCUCCAACAGCCUCCAGCUUUUCCUUCAUUUUGGACUUUUUCCUCAGGAAGUCGGUUUGUUUUCCUCCUCCAAAAAAAUGUAUACGUUUGAUUGGAUGAAAUAGAAAAAUGUAAUUUUGUUCAUUUUGACUUGACCAAUCUGCCCUCUACUGGUGUAACAUGGAAGAACAUGCAGAGACUUAAAAAUUCAAUAAAUUGGCCUGAACGUUA